AUGGAGUGCGGAGUGAUCCUCCUGCUGCUUGGCUUGGGGCUCCCGCUGCAGGGCCACGGACAGAGCCUGGAACUGGAUCCCCCAGAACCUGAGGUGGCGGUGGCACUGGGUGCAUCACAGAAGUUCACAUGCAGCCUGGCUUGUCCGGAUGGCAGUGCUACUUCAGUGCAGUGGCGGGGGCUGGACAUCAGCCUGGGCUCAGUGCAGACCUCUGCGGGCAGGAGUGUCCUCCACAUACGCAAUGCCUCACUGGCCACUGCAGGAACCCGCUUGUGCGUGGGCUCAUGCGGGGCACUAACGCUGCAGCGCACAGUCCAGCUGCUGGUUUAUGCCUUCCCAGACCAGCUAAGUGUGUCCCCAGCAACCCUGGUGCCCGGGCAGGACCGGAAGGUGGCCUGCACAGCACACAACGUCACGCCCGUGGACUCUAGCCUUCUGUCCUUCUCCCUGCGGCUGGAGGACCAGGAGCUGGAGGGAGCAGAGUCCCUAGGCAGGAACGAGGAGCCCCUGGAGGAUGAGGAUUCCUUCUUCCUGGUGACGGAGCACUGGCUGCUACCACCUCUGGACAUCCCUGUCCCAGCCCAGCUCUACUGCCAGGCCACAAUGCAGCUGCCUGGCUUGGAGCUGAGCCACCGCCGUGCCAUCCCAGUCAUGCACAGUCUGGGCACCCCAGAGCCAUCCACAUCAGCCACCCUGGAGCACCCCACCUCCACCUCUCAAAAGCCCUUUACAUCAACCAGCCAAGAGUCACCCAUGACGGUUGUAGUGGAGCCCCCCAGCACAGCCGCUCCAGAAGCUCCCACCUUGAUCAGCCCAGAGCAGGACUCCAACCACCUCAGCCCCUGCCAUCCCGAGAUUCACCAGCCCCCUUCACUGGCCGACAGCAAGGUCUCCUGGGAGCUGUUAUGUGAGGUGGCCUGUGGUCCCCCAGGCACGGCCGUGCACUGGACCCAGGCCCCUGGUGGUCUAGAAGUCUACGAGCUGCAGGAGGCAGGGCCUCAGGCUUGGCUUCGAGUGCGACAAGCUGGACACAUCCCCAGGGGUUGGUUCCAGUGCCGUGUGGACCCGGGGGGCACAGUGGCCAACCUGUUCCUGAACAGCGAGCCCAGAGUUAUCCAGCUGUCUGCAGGCUUGUGGAUGGGGACCCUGGUGCUGGGGCUGCUCCUUCUGGCUUUCCUCGCCUGCCGCCUGCGGAGGUGCUUCCAGUCCGUGAGAUGA